ACUCUUUACAAGAUAUAACAAUAAUUACUCUGAUAAUCACUUCCUAUCACUUUCCAAUUAAUUUAUUUUACAAUAAAUUGUGAUUUUAAUUAUAACUACUGUUAAAAAAGCUGUGAUAUUAAUAAUUUAUCGGUGUAGUUGAAUUUUGAGAUAAAUUCUCAACACUAAUUCCAGAGCAGUUUACGGUGACUAAAAUCAAGUUAAUGAUAACACAACCAACAACUUUCUAACUUUGAAGGAGAGUGUUUUCACAUUUUUACUUCCUUUGCUGAAAUCACGUCUCGCCACAAUUAAGAUAAAGUUAUCAUGGUGUUCACAUUCGAAACAUGGUUGUGGAUAUCGCUUGCCAUUCUGGCUCAUGUUGGAGUGUAUUUAUUCGUAAUGCGUAAGCAACCAAAAAUGUUGGUGGGUCGUCAUGUGGUUAUAACAGGAGGUUCUCGUGGUAUUGGUCUUUGCCUAGCCGUAGAGUGUGCAAUGAAAGGAGCAAAUGUAACCGUAAUUGCUCGUGAUGAAAAGUUACUUAGUGGGGCUGUAGCCCUUAUGGAACUUAUACGGCAAAGGCCAGAUCAAAAAUUCCAAUACCGUUGUCUUGACAUUGCUUCAAACUAUGACGAUGUUGCAAAUGCUCUUAAGGAAAUUGAAGAAGGUUUAGGUGACAUAUACAUGUUGGUUAAUUGUGCUGGCAUGGCAAUAUGCGGUGUGUAUGAAGAUAUUUCAGUGGAAGAUGCGCGCAAGCUUAUGGAUAUAAAUUACUGGGGGAGCUAUAAUUGCACCCGUUAUGUAUUGCCUAAAAUGAAAGAUGCCCAUGAGGGUAUCAUUGUAUUUACAUCAUCGUUAGCUGCUCUAUUCGGAAUUUACGGUUAUGGACCAUACACUGCGUCAAAAUAUGCUGUGCGUGGUAUGGCCGAGACUAUCGCAAUGGAAACUCGUCAUCUAGGUGUAUUAGUCACACUAGCUUUGCCAGCAGAUACUAAUACACCCGGUUUUGAAAAUGAAGAAAAGACUAAGCCGAAAGAAACAAAGAUAAUUUCGGGAGGUGGAGGCUUGGCAGAGCCACAACAUGUUGCUAAAAGCAUACUUAACGAUGCAUUGCAAGGCAAUUUUAUAUCGAUUUUGGGUGCAGAGAGCUGGUUUCUUACAUUACUAGGAGGUGGCCUUUUCCGAUGGGGUGGAUUUUUUCAAAACAUCUUACACGCCAUCUUGCUGGGACCCUUACGUAUCGUCGGUUGCUUUUUGCAUUUACACUUCGAAAGAGUGAUUAAGAAUUGUGCUAAAGAAAAAAAGGACUGAUUUAGACAUCCAAUAGUCCAUCCAUUUACUUACAUAUUUUCGUUUAUGUCAUUAAUGCAUUUAUCAACCCGUUUGAUUUACUUAAGGAUACGCUUAAUUACAACUGUUUUUCUAUUAAAAUACCGUCUUUUUUUUUAAGUACUAU